AUGAAGAUCGCGUUUUUCUCGUCGCACAGCUACGACGUGGAGUCCAUGGAGCGUGCAGCGAAACUCGACGCCGUCACUCCUACGCACGAGCUCCAGUUCUUGGCCGCGAGACUGGACGUUCACUCGGCCAAGUUAGCCGAAGGGUGUGAAGGGGUUUGUCUCUUUGUCAAUGACGUUGCGGACGCGGCCGCUCUUCGUGCCCUGCACGCGGGCGGUACGCGAGUGAUAUUUCUUCGUUGUGCAGGGUUCGACCGGAUCGACCUCCAAUGUGCGAAAGAAGAGCUCGGGAUGCCAGUGCUCCGGGUUCCCGCAUACUCGCCGUACGCCGUUGCGGAACAUGCUGCUGCAUUGAUGAUGACACUGAACCGCAAGAUCCACCGCUCGUAUAACCGUACUCGCGAGCAGAACUUUCGUCUGGAGGGGUUGCUGGGCUUUGAUGUCCAUGGCAAGACAGUCGGGGUCGUUGGUACGGGGAAAAUUGGCUCCCUCUUUGCUCGAAUUGCAGCUGGUUUUGGCUGCAAAGUACUUGCUUAUGAUGUGAGACAGAGUCCGGAGGCUCAGAGCUAUGGUGCUGAGUAUGUAUCGCUUGAUGAGGUCUGGGCGCGCUCGGACAUUAUGUCACUGCACUGUCCACUGACUCCGUCGACGAAACACACGGUCAACGCAGAGAGCAUUUCGAAAAUGAAGGACAAUGUGAUGAUUAUCAAUACGAGUCGUGGUGGCCUGAUUGACACGAAAGCGCUGGUGAACGGUCUGAAAAGCCGCAAGAUUGGCUCAGUCGGUCUUGACGUGUUUGAAGGCGAGGGUGACUACUUCUACUCGGACUGCUCGGGUGGUAUCAUUGCCGACAACACGCUCGCUCGUCUAUUUACGUUUCCGAAUGUGAUUAUCACGGGACACCAGGCGUUUUUCACGAAAGAGGCUCUCGACAACAUCAGCCACACUACAAUGAGCAACAUUCAAGCGUACAGCGCGAAAGAAGAGCUGGUGAACGAAGUCAAGUGA